UGUCCCUCCGGAAGGCAAAGCAGGAGUAUUCAGAGCAGCACCUCAACAUCUCGCUUGGGGCUCCUACUGACGGAGAAGGCCACCUCCACCUCAAGAAAAGCGUCUCCUCCUCUCUUCUACCUCAAUCAUCCAGUGAGGUUGUGCCAGAGGUGUAAUCCACACAGAAGUAUCGACCUUCCUCAGCUUUCCAGGGUGUGAAGUGUGAAGAGAGGCCUCCAGCUUGGAAGGCAGGCCUCCAGCCGGAGAGGACACUCACCAACCUUCGGUGUUCGCCUGCGGAGAGAAGGCUGGUGUACGAAGGCCUUGCGGAAGCAGAAGAUGGCAGCAGUUCACCCAGGGAUCGAGUUGUGCCCUCACUGCAAAAAGCCGUUUAAGCGGUUGAAGUCUCAUCUGCCUCACUGUAAGAUGGCACGUCUCAUCGUGGAGCCCGGAGAAACCCCUCCUCCCGAACGGAAAGCCCGUCUUCCCAAGUCAGCUCCGCCUCAGCCCAGUAAGGAAGAGAAGGGGCCAAGCGAAGACUCCGUCACAGCCCCGGAGCGGAAUGCCACCAAAGGGACAACUAGAAAAACAAUGGUGGCAAAAUCAGAAGAGACGGUUUCAUCUUCACGGUCCCCGGAGGUUUCUGGUUUGAGAUCAGCAAGGGAUGUUCAAGUGAGUAAAGAGAUGAAGAAUCGAGUGAAACUGACCCUCCAAAGGACACGGAAUAAUGAACUGAUGACAGUGGGGCUGGCCCAGGAAGCCGUAGCCUCGCUCUGUGCAGCAGAACUUGAAAAAAGGUUGUCCGGAUCACGGGAGAGCAGAAAUCAAAAUCCUACAACAUUUGACUCCUUUCAGGCCUGCCCUAUGGAACGUACGUCGAGUCGGGAUGGGAGACGUGCUCCAGAAGUCCUGGGUGAUGCCAUCCUCCCUUCUGCGCGCCUCAAACCUCUGGCCGAAGUUUGCCAUCUCCGCAAAGGGAAGACAGUCAGGGAAGCCAUCCAAGCAUCACCGCAGAACGACAGGCGAGACCCCAAAGCUAGUGAAGAAGCCCCCGCGAUACCGAGUCAUCUCAAGACACCUCGCCCGUUUGGCCCUUGUGAGGCUCGGCUCCAAACGGGUGGGACGGAGAACUGGGAUCUCGAAGGCCGGGUCAGGGCCGGGAGUAUGAGGGGCUGCGUGGAAACCGCUAGGAAUUUCGGGUGGAGCAACCAAGCCGUGGAGGACGGGGUGGCCGGAAUGGAAAACCUGGGGCGGCGUGGCCCGAGAGGAGGCCUGGGAGAAAGCCUGACCCUCUCAGAGCCAACCCCAGAGAAUAAAAAUUGGGUAGUUGGUCCCCAGGUGGACCCGUUUCCACAUAAGGAAACGAGCAACCCAAGUCUUUCCCAGAAGCUCGCAAAGCGCCUCCGAGAAGAGAAAAGGAAAACCCACGGUAUUGGAAGCCAAGUGAAAAAGUUAGCGGAGACGGGAGAGGAGACUGCUUUAGCGGCUCAGGCUCUUGCUGAGACCAAGGCCUCACCCACCCAGAGCCAGUGGGCUCCUUCAGAAGGCGACUGGUUUCCCAUGCGCGAAAGCCCGUCCACCGUGUCUGCCCACAGCAAGGCACCGCGUCAUUCUGUGGGUCUGGAAUGGUUUCCAGAGCUGUAUCCCGGUUAUCUCCAGUUGGGACUGGGGUCAGGAAGACCCCUCGCAUGGAAUAUCGGGGCCCAGAAACCUCUUCUCGGCUUCCCUUGGGGGGGAUCCCUCGCUUCAGUCCCUCCCCUGGAGCCAUCUCAGUUUCCUGCCUGGCCGGCCACCCGCCUUUUCUCUCCGAUGGGCCUCCUGGGUGCCCUGCAGCAAGCCUGGGCCAGGUACAGCAGCAGAUCCAUUAAUCUGAAGAAGGGUGGAUUUGGGGGCAUCAAAGUGCUCUUUGCUGGUUACUGCAUCUUGUGCUGCAGCUGGAGCUACAAGCAUCUGACUCCCGCACUGGCACGAGCAUCACUGAUCUGGCCAUCAUGCCGGACAAAGCCAAAGCCACCGGGGCCAGCCAGCCGGAAAUCGUCAAGGGAGAAAAUCUGACUCCUCUGUGGGAAGACUUCAGGUUUAGGCACUGGGGCAGGGAGGGGCUGGGGGUGAAGAAU